AUGAAGCUUUCACUCACAUUACUCACAUCGCUUGCCGCUGUUAUGUCAUCUGUUCGUGCCGCAGAUCAAUCGGAUGUUCAGUUUUUAACUGCAUUGGUUGGUGACUACCAAGAUCAUAAAACCGAGUACAUAAGGUUUUUUGGAACGGCUAAUGAUGUUCCUGGUGCAUUAUCAACUUUGGCCACUCAAGUUUUAACAUACACGGAUACCUCAUACACAACAUUACUAGAUGAUAAUAAUUUGGAUAUAGGGCAGUUGGAGAGUUAUGCUACGAACAUACCUUGGUACACGAGAAUAGAAGCUGCAGCCGGUGGCAGUGGUGGCUCAGGGGAUUCUGGUGAUUCAACUACAUCAGGCGGUGGCGAUAAUAAUAACGACAGUACAUCUCAAUCAAACGAAAGCACUACCUCAAACACUUCGGCGUCAGAAGAUACGGGAGAGCCUUCAGUAGCAUCAACAACGUCGUAUGAUCCACAAAACACAGUUGAUUCCUCUAAAGCAGCAGUUGCCGCAGCUAAAUCAGCUUCGAAAGCGGAAGCAGCCACUCAAUCGGGAUUAGCCCCAAGAGCUGUUGCUCCUGUUGGUGCAAUAAUUGGAGGGUUAGUUGUGGCUCUUUUCUAA